GCUCCGUCCUGACAACCGCCUGACUGGCAAGAAGCCCGCCAUGAGAACCAACAUCCACGCCUCCGCCUCGGCAGGCCUCAUGCUCGCCGCGGGCCUCGUGCUGGCGCCAGCAGCAGCCGUAGCCGCAGCAGCAGCAGCACAGACGACCGGCCUCCUCUCGUUCUUCCUUCUGGACUCGGAGCCGCGCUCGCUCGAGGCCUCGGCCGUGGCCGUCAACACGGUUGGCACGGGCGCGAACACGCACCCGGUCACGACGCUGCGGCUGGCCUGCCCGACGGCGGCGUCGCCCGACAACGACGCGUGCCGGGCGGCCGGGAUCUACCCGGCGCAGGUGUACCACACGCAGGGCUCCGUGUUCGGCGGCACGACCACGUACGGCGCCGACGACAGCACGACGACGUGGGUGUGCGAGCUGGGCGGCAACGACCCCACGCUCACGGCCAGCUGCACCAAGACCAUCGUCGCCGUCGGCGGCGGCGGCUCCUCCUCCUCGUCGACGACGACGCGCACCGAGACGGCCGCGUACGACAACUGCUACGUCGCGGCGCACCAGCUGCCCGUCGUCGUGACGGCCGGGGUGGACAAGAUCAGCGCGGCGCACUACUACACCAUCGACGCCAGCAGCUAUGUCGCACUACAGAGCAGCCGGCUGGCCGAGGAUAAGUGCCCGGCGAGUCAGACGACUAUCUGGGCUGGCGCGGCGGCGGCUGCUGCCACCACGACGGCGACGACCAGCGGCGCGGCGGCAGUCUCCUCGACAGGGAACGCGUCCGGGGCUGGGGGCGGGGCCGGGUCCGAGGUGACGACGCCGACCCCAACGGCUCCCGGCCCGGCGGCUACGACUUCCACAGGUGGAGCGGGAGGAAUGCCAGGCACCACGGGGGCGGUUCUCUUUGGGGUUGGAGCGAUGGCGAUGCUUGGAAUAGCCUGGUGAGAAUGGCUACCUAGGUACUUUGGUUACUGUAAUCACUUCACCCGUAGAAUUCUAUGUCAGACUGGGCGACGGUUGUUGGUGCCGAGGCCGUUUACGCAUGGGGGCUUGAACGCUACUUCAAGAAAGCGCUGGGCGCAAAACAAGUGCGAGCGUUGGACUUCAAGUGUGUGCCGAUGGCGAAAAUCCAGCUCAUUACUGUACUUCUACGUACUGACCUUGUCGUGGUAGCUCAGGCUCAGAGACUCAUUGAUCGUCAGGCAAUAUCGAAAUCUUGCUCGGGCGGAUCUCCCCUCAU